CUGACAUGUAUCUGCCGGAGAGCGGAGCCCUCAGCUUCCUCAACACUGAUGGUGAAUAGCAGCUGCUGCGGUAACGGGAGGAGGAGCAGUAGCCGCAGAAGGAGACCCAGCAGUGGUAGUACAGCGGUAGUUUGGGAAUCAGCUUUCUAUCUUUUUACACCGACUUGUAACAUCGGAUCUCCCUAAAAAAGAGAGCGGGGAAGGGAACAUUAAAGAAAGAUGGCGGCCGCGGCCUCGCCGGGCUCCUGCUCGUCCACCUCCUCAGACUGGAUUGUACUGAGAGACGGUUGUCUACGUUGCGACGAGGAGGGCCUGCGCAGCCUCACCUAUCACCCGGCCCUCAACGCUAUCCUGGCCGUAACAAGCCGGGGCAGUAUCAAAGUCAUCGACGGCACAUCAGGGGCCAUACUACAGGCCUCGGCUUUGCACGCCAAGCCGGGCGGCCGCGUGCGGUGCCAGUACUUCCCGGCCGUGGACAAGGUCCUGUUCGUGGACGACUACGCCGUGGGCUGCAGGAAGGACCUGAACGGCAUCCUGCUCCUGGACACCGCCCUCCAGGCGCCCGUCACCAAGUCUGAGGAUGUGGUCCAGCUGGAGCUGCCCGUCACGGAGGCCCAGCAGAUGCUCUCGGCCUGCCUGGAGAAGGUGGACGUGUCCAGCGCGGAUGGAUACGAGCUGUUCAUCACGCAGCUGAAGGAGGGGCUGAAGAAUACCUCACACGAGACGGCAGCCAAUCACAAAGUGGCCAAGUGGGCGACCGUGACCUUCCAUCUUCCACACAACGUGCUGAAAGUGGUCACCAGCGCCCUGGUGAACGAGCUGAAGAAGAUUAACCAGAACGUCGCUGCCUUGUCUGUGGCCUCGUCCAUCAUGGACAGGCUCUCCUACCUCUUACCGAGUGCCCGGCCCGAGCUGGGGGUGGGCCCCGGCCGCUCUGUAGAUAGAUCCUUAAUGUACAGUGAGGCUAACAGGAGGGAAACGUUUACAUCUUGGCCCCACGCGGGCUACCGCUGGGCCCAGCCCGACCCCAUGGCCCAGGCAGGAUUCUACCACCAGCCUGCCUCCACAGGGGACGACCGGGCCAUGUGCUUCACCUGCAGCGUGUGCCUGGUGUGCUGGGAGCCCACAGAUGAGCCCUGGUCGGAGCACGAGCGACAUUCCCCCAACUGUCCGUUUGUGAAAGGCGAGCACACCCAGAACGUCCCGCUGUCGGUCACCCUGGCGACCAGCCCCGCCCAGUUCCCCAGUGCCGACGGCGCGGAUAAGAUCGCCUGCUACGGCUUCGGCAGCUGCCCGCACUUCCUCGCCGCCGCCACCAAGCGCGGCAAGAUCUGCAUCUGGGACGUGUCCAAGCUCAUGAAGGUUCACUUGAAAUUUGAGAUCAACCCCUAUGACCCGGCGAUCCUGCGGCAGCUGAUCCUGUCGGGGAGCGAGCCGGCCCCGGGGACAGAGUCCAGGAGGCCCACGCUGGCCUGGCUGGAGGACUCCUCCAGCUGCUCCGACAUACCAAAGCUGGAGGGAGACAGCGACGACCAGCUGGAAGACUCGGACAGUGAAGAGCAUUCCCGGUCAGAGUCUGUGACAGGGCACCCGUCGCAGAAGGAGAGCAUGGAGGUCAACCUGGGGGUGACGGCCCUGAGCGUGCUGCAGCAGCCGGAGAAGCUGCAGUGGGAGGUGGUGGCCAGCGUGCUGGAGGACACGGUGAAGGACCUGGAGGAGCUGGGCGCCAACCCCUCCCUGGCCCAGGCCAAGGCCGACAAGGCCAAGGAGAAGCCGGCGGAGCACCACAACAUUCCCUUCCCCUGCCUGCUGGCGGGGGCCCUGCUGAGCUACCGCUCGGCCGCCGGCUCGCCCCUGUCCGGGCCCCCGCGCCGGCCCCUGGACGGCCUGGCCAGGACUCAGGGGCCCGAGGCCCCCGCCGACCAGGCGCCCAUGGAGAUCGAGGCGUGCGGCCCCCCGCCCGCCGUGCGCAGGACUAUGCCCGUGCUCCUGCUCUACAGCAUCAAGGAGUCGGACGAGAAGUCGGGCAAGGUGUUCGCCCAGAUGAACAACCUGAUGAGCAAGAGCCUGCACGAGGAGGGCUUCACCGUGCCGCAGAUCAUCGAGAUGGAGUUCGACACGCACGAGCAGCUGCUGCUGCAGGACCCGCCCAUCACCUACAUCCAGCAGUUCGCCGACGCGGCCGCCAGCCUGGCCGCCCUGGACGGGGACAAGUGGAGCUCGCUGGUGCCCAAGCCGGGCGCCCUGGUGCAGUGCCUGCGCCUCCCCAAACCGCUGGAGGAGGAGAACCUGUACGUGGACUCCAUCACGCCCUGCACGGACGGCGUCCACCUCCUGGUGGGGCUGCAGUCGUGCUCGGUGGAGUCGCUCAGCGCCAUCAACCAGGUGGAGGCGCUCAACAACCUGAACAAGCUCCACUCGGCCCUGUGCAGCCGGAGGAAGGGCGAGCUGCAGCCCCUGACCGGCCUGGCCAACGGGGGAGGACUGCGGGGCAAGGCCCACGAGGGGCUCCCCGGCGCCCCGGGCCAGACCCCGCUCAUCCUGCCCCCCGAGCAGCAGCCCCGCGCCCCGGGCGGGGGGUACCUGGCCCUGUACAAACUCAACUACUCCACCCGCAUCGUCACGCUGGAGGACGAGCCCGUGAAGAUCCAGCACAUCCGCGACCCCAAGGACGCCAUCACCUCCCUGCUGCUGCUCCCGCCCGACGUGCUGGACGGCCGGGAGGAGGACGGGGACGAGGCCCUGGAGGAGACGCCCCCCGGGCUGAAGAACGGGGCCUCCGCCGCCCCCAAGGAGAAGCGCGGGGACGCGGCGGGGCUGGGGCACCUGGUGGUCACCACUCAGGGAGGCAGCAUCAUGAUCCUGGACCUCUCCAGCCUGGACGUGCUGGCCCGAGUGGAGCCGCCCAAGAAGGACGGCACCGAGGAGCCCGACCCCUUCGUCUCGGUCACCUACUGCUCCGGCACCGACCGCCUCUGCGCCUGCACUAAAGGUGGAGAACUUCAUUUCCUUCAAAUUGGAGGUGUGUGUGACGAUAUUGAUGACGGCGACAUAUUUGUCGAUGGCCCCCUUUCUAAAGGGGCAGAACAGCUGUCAGAAGGGACUAAGCCUUCCUCGAACCCCUCGAGUCCAGGGAUCACAGGAGUUGACCUUCUGGUGGACCAAACGCUGGGCGUGGAGACCCUGACGUCGCUGGUGGAGCUGACGCGCUUCGAGACGCUGACGCCGCGCUUCUCCGCCACGGUGCCGCCCUGCUGGGUGGAGGUGCAGCAGGAGCAGCAGCAGCGCCGGCACCCCCAGCACCUGCACCAGCAGCACCACGGCGACGCUGCCCAGCACACCCGCACCUGGAAGCUGCAGAGCGACAGCUCCAGCUGGGAUGAGCACGUGUUUGAACUGGUCCUGCCCAAGGCCUGCAUGGUGGGCCACGUAGACUUCAAGUUCGUCAUGAAUGCCAACAUCACCAACAUUCCUCAGAUCCAGGUCACCUUGCUGAAGAACAAGGCCCCAGGCCUGGGAAAGGUUAACGAGACUGCAGUGGACCGGCAGAUCUCCUUUCCCCUGUCCCACGUUCUGCACACCAACGGGGAGAGGAACGGGCAGCCUCUGCUGCACGACUUCACCGAAGACAUCCAGUUCAUGGACGUGGAGGAGACGCCUGGGUCAAGGCUGUGCUCCUUUUUGGAAGACCAUAAAGAAGAUAUCCUUUGUGGGCCUGUGUGGUUAGCCAGUGGGCUCGACCUCUCCGGGCAUGCUGGGAUGUUGAGUCUAACCAGCCCCAAACUGGUCAAAGGCAUGGCCGGGGGGAAGUACCGCUCCUUCCUGGUGCACAUCAAGGCGGUGAGUGAGAAGGGCAUGGAGGAGAGCCCGCGGCCCGUGGUGAGGAUGCCCUCGGCCAAGCCCCAGAGCAGCAAGGCCCACUCCCUGUCCUCCCUGCUGCAGAGGGCCCAGGCCACCAAGGAAAAGGCCUCCACCUCUAAAUCGGAGCCCCCGCCCCCCUCCAAAAAACCAGACGACCUCCGCGGCUGUGCGCUCCUCCAGGAGGUGUCCGUCACCAUCCGGAGGUUCAAGAAGACCUCCAUCCCCAAAGAGAGGGUCCAGCGCUGCGCCAUGCUGCAGUUCCCAGAGUUCCACGAGAAGCUGCUGAACAGCCUGUGCCGGCGGAUGGAGGAGCGGCCCUCGACAGAGCACUCCCAGAGCCUGGUCCUGGACAUCCUGUGCUGGCUGGCCGGGGUCUACUCCAACGGGCCCUGCAGCCUGAGGGAGGGCAAGGAGGGCCUGCUGACGAAGACGCGGAAACGGCUGACGGACAUCGUCAGGGUGUGCUUCUUCGAGGCCGGCCGGAGCAUCGCCCACAAGUGCGCCCGCUUCCUCGCACUCUGCAUCAGCAAUGGCAAAGGGGACCCCAGUCAGCAGGGUUUUGGAUCCGCCCUCCUGAAGGCCUUGCUGGACAACAUGCCUUACUUACCUGCAGCAGCCACGGGCGGCUCUGUGUUCUGGUACUUCGUGCUGCUGAACUACGUGAAGGACGAGGACCUGGCGGGCUGCAGCACGUCCUGCGCCUCCCUGCUCACCGCCGUCUCCCGCCAACUGCAGGACCGCCUCACGCCCCUGGAGGCCCUGCUGCAGACCCGAUACGGCCUGUACAGCUCGCCCUUCGACCCGGUCCUGUUCGACCUGGAGGUCAGCGGUUCAUCCUGCAAGAAUGCCUUCAACAGCAGCAUCGGCGUGCAGUCUGACGAAAUCGACCUCUCCGACAUUCUCUCAGGGAAUGGGAAGGUGAGCAGCUGUGCCGCGGCGGAGGGCAGCUUCACCGCCCUCACCGGCCUCCUGGAGGUGGAGCCGCUGCACUUCACCUGCGUCUCCACGAGCGACGGCACCAGAGUGGAGAGGGACGAUGCCAGCAUGUUCACCGUGAGCACGUUCGGCGUGACGCCGGCGGUGGGCGGGCUGUCCGCGGGCUCGGUGGGGGAGGCCUCCACGGCCCUCAGCUCGGCCGCGCAGGUGGCCCUGCAGUCACUGUCCCACGCCAUGGUGUCUGCAGAGCAGCAGCUGCAGGUGCUGCAGGAGAAACAGCAGCAGCUCCUCAAACUGCAGCAACAGAAGGCCAAGCUGGAGGCCAAGCUGCAUCAGACCACCUCCGCUGCGGCCGCCGCCGCCUCCGCCGUGGGCCCCAUCCACAACUCGGUGCCUUCCAACCCCUCCACGGCGCCCGGCUUCUUCAUCCACCCGUCGGACGUCAUCCCGCCCACGCCCAAGACCACGCCGCUCUUCAUGACGCCGCCGCUGACGCCGCCCAACGAGGCCGUGUCGGCCGCCAUCAGCGUGGAGCUGGCGCAGCUCUUCCCCGGCGCCAUCAUCGACCCGCCGCCCGUCAACCUGGCCGCCCACAACAAGAACUCCAGCAAGGCCAAGCCGGUCAGUAAUCCGAUGGGCAGCGGGCUGGCUCUCGCCAUAUCCCAGGCCUCCCACUUCCUGCAGCCCCCGCCCCACCAGUCCAUCAUCAUCGAGCGCAUGCACUCCGGAGCGCGGCGGUUCGUGACGCUGGACUUCGGCCGGCCGGUCCUGCUGACGGACGUGCUGAUCCCCACCUGCGGGGACCUGGCCUCCCUGUCCAUCGACAUCUGGACCCUGGGGGAGGAGGUGGACGGCCGGCGCCUGGUGGUGGCGACCGACAUCAGCACGCACUCGCUGAUCCUGCACGACCUGCUGCCCCCGCCCGUCUGCAGGUUCAUGAAGAUCACUGUGAUUGGGCGGUACGGCAGCACGAACGCGCGGGCGAAGAUCCCGCUGGGCUUCUACUACGGCCACACCUACAUCCUGCCGUGGGAGAGCGAGCUGAAGCUGAUGCACGACCCGCUGCGGGGGGAGAGCGACGGCGCCGGCCAGCCCGACGUCGACCAGCACCUGGCCAUGAUGGUGGCGCUGCAGGAGGACAUCCAGUGCAGGUACAACCUGGCGUGCCACCGUCUGGAGACGCUGCUCCAGAACAUCGACCUGCCCCCCCUCAACAGCGCCAACAACGCGCAGUACUUCCUGCGCAAGCCCGACAAGGCGGUGGAGGAGGACACGCGCGUCUUCUCGGCCUACCAGGACUGCAUCCAGCUGCAGCUGCAGCUCAACCUGGCCCACCACGCCGUGCAGAGGCUGCGCGUCUCCCUGGGCGCCAGCCGCAAGCUCCUGCCCGAGGCCUACGACCCCAAAGAGCUGAUCCAGAACUCCAGCACCGAGCAGCUCCGCACCGUCAUCCGCUACCUGCUGGACACGCUGCUCAGCCUGCUGCACUCCUCCAACGGUCACUCGGUGCCCUCGGUGCUGCAGAGCACGUUCCACGCCCAGGCCUGCGAGGAGCUGUUCAAGCACCUGUGCAUCAGCGGCACGCCCAAGAUCCGCCUGCACGCCGGCCUGCUGCUGGUGCAGCUGUGUGGGGCCGAACGCUGGUGGGGCCAGUUCCUGUCCAACGUGCUCCAGGAGCUGUACAACUCCGAGCAGCUGCUCAUCUUCCCCCAGGACAGGGUCUUCAUGCUCCUGUCCUGCAUCGGCCAAAGAUCCCUGAGCAACAGCGGCGUGCUGGAGGGCCUGCUGAACCUCCUGGACAGCCUGCUGUCGCCCCUGCAGCAGUCGGGGGCCGCGGCCCAGCGCCGGGCCGAGGGGGGGGGCUUCCGGGCCCCGCUGGGCCUGGGGGCCGAGGCGGCGGGGGUGUCUGUGUGCGCGGCGGGCGUGCUGGACAUCCCCAUGGUCAGCUGGGUGGUGAUGCUGGUGUCCCGCCUGCUCGACUACGUGGCCAGCGUGGAGGACGAGGCGGCCGCCGCCAAGAAGCACCUGGGCGGGAAGGACCGCGACCGCGUCAUCACAGGGAAUCAGUGGAGCUUCAUAAAUAACAGCCUUCAGUCUCAGAACCUAAACAGAUCCACCAAAGGCAACAGCAGCUUGGACCGCCUGUACUCCAGGAAGAUACGCAAGCAGCUGGUUCACCACAAGCAGCAGUUAAAUUUAUUGAAAGCAAAACAGAAAGCUCUGGUGGAGCAAAUCGAGAAGGAGAAGAUCCAGAGCAACAAGGGCUCCUCUUACAAGCUGCUGGUGGAGCAGGCCAAACUGAAGCAGGCCACGUCGAAGCACUUUAAGGACCUGAUCCGGCUCCGGCGGACGGCAGAGUGGCCCCGCUCCACGCUGGACACGGAGGCCACGGCGGCCAAGGAGGCCCCGGAGGUGGAGCCCCUGCCCUUCACGCUGUCGCACGAGCGCUGCAUCUCCGUGGUGCAGAAGCUCGCCCUCUUCCUGCUCUCCAUGGACUUCACCUGCCACGCCGACCUGCUGCUCUUCGUCUGCAAGGUUUUGGCGAGGAUCGCCAAUGCCACCCGACCCACAAUCCACCUGUGCGAGGUGGUGAGCGAGCUGCAGCUGGAGAGGCUGCUGCUGCUGCUGGUGGGGACGGACUUCAACCGGGGGGACAUCUCCUGGGGCGGGGCCUGGGCCCAGUUCUCCCUCACCUGCAUGGUGCAGGACAUCCUCGCAGGUGAACUGCUGUCUCCGGUGUCUCUGGAGGGGAUGGAGGAAGGCGCGGUGGGCGAGGAGGCGGGGCCGUCGGCCGUGGACUCGGACGACUCCCUCCCUCAGCCGACCCCCAUCCCCCUGGUGGAGACCAUGGACGAGGCGCUGGCCCCGGACAUGAUCUCAGGUACUCCCGGGACCUCCUCGGUGUUCCAAAGUGCUCCUCCUCUAUCUUCUUUGGAAAAAGAUAAAGACAUAGACUUUGACUUGCUACAAGACCUCAUGGAUGUUGAUAUUGAUCCUUUAGAUAUUGAUUUGGAAAAAGAUCCCCUCGCCGCCAAAGUCUUUAAGCCUAUUAGCAGCACCUGGUAUGACUACUGGGGUGCUGACUACGGCACGUAUAGUUACAAUCCUUACGUUGGGGGUGUGGGCAUCCCCGCGUCUAAGCCGCCUGCGGCCACCGAGAAGCCUGGGUCCCAAAGCCUCUCUGUGUCCGUGUCGCAAGCGCUGGACGCCCGGCUGGAGGUGGGCCUGGAGCAGCAGGCUGAGCUCAUGCUGAAGAUGAUGGCCACACUGGAGGCAGACUCCAUCCUGCAAGCGCUGACCUCCAACUCCCCUACAGCAGUGUCUCAGUCUGCUAACGGCACGGACGACUCCCUGCUGCGGGGGCUCCACGGAUCCCCCCCGGGCAGCAGUCUGAUGGUGCAGUCCUCCUCCAUCCCCAUGCUGAGUGCCUGCUUUAACAAGCUGUUCUCCAUGCUCCAGGUGCACCAUGUGCAGCUGGAGUCUCUGCUGCAGCUCUGGCUCACUCUGAGUCUGAACUCCUGCUCAGGGGGCAGUGAGGAGAGCAGCUCGGACGUCUUCUUAUUCAACGCCAGCCGAGUGCCCACCAUCCCCCUCAACCAAGCCUCCAUCAGCAGCUUCCUGACCGUGCUGGCCUGGUACCCCAACACCUCUCUGCGCACCUGGUGCCUGGUCCUACACAGCCUCACCCUCAUGACCAACAUGCAGCAGAGCCCUGGCUCCAGUAAUGCGAUGGGGGCUCAGGAGAGCACGGCUCAGCAGAUGGUCUCGGACCCCACGCUGGUGCACGUGCUCGUGCGCUUUCUGUCCGGGAGCAACCCCCAUGGCACCAGCCAGCACAGCUCUCAGGUUGGACCCACGGCAACACAAGCUAUGCAAGAGUUUCUCACAAGACUUCAAGUGCACCUUUCCUCAACCUGCCCGCAGAUGUUCAGUGAAUUCCUACUCAAACUCAUGCACAUAUUAUCAACCGAAAGGGGGCCCUUCCAGUCGGGGCAGGGGCCCCUGGACGCGCAGGUGAAGCUCCUGGAGUUCACGCUGGAGCAGAACUUCGAGGUGGUGUCGGUGAGCACCAUCUCGGCGGUGAUCGAGUCCAUCACGUUCCUGGUGCACCACUACAUCACGUGCUCGGACAAGGUGGUGUCCCGCAGCGGCUCGGACAGCUCGGUGGGCGCCCGCGCCUGCUUCGGCGGCCUCUUCGCCAACAUCAUCCGGCCCGGCGACGCCAAGGCCGCGUUCGGCGAGAUGACGCGCGACCAGCUGAUGUUCGACCUGCUGAAGCUGGUCAACGCGCUGGUGCAGCUGCCCCUGUCCGGGGACCGGGAGUUCAGCGGGCGGCUCCCCCCGCCCGGCAGCGCGGCCUCGGACAGCGUGUCCGACGAGGAGAAGGUGUGCGGCAGCAAGGAGGGGUCCAACGGGGGCUCCGCCCCCCACCAGGGCCCCGCCGCGGGCGUGGCCGACCUGGUGCUGGCCAAUCAGCAGAUCAUGAGCCAGAUCCUGUCCGCCCUGGGCCAGUGCAACAGCAGCGCCAUGGCCAUGAUCAUAGGAGCCAGCGGCCUCCACCUCACCAAGCACGAGAACUUUCACGGCGGGCUGGACGCCAUCUCCGUGGGCGACGGGCUCUUCACCAUCCUCACCACCCUCAGCAAGAAGGCCACGGCCGUGCAGGUCAUGCUGCAGCCCAUCCUCACCUACAUGGCCUGCGGAUACAUGGGCCGGCAGGGCUCUCUGUCCACCUGCCAGCUGUCGGAGCCCCUGCUCUGGUUCAUCCUGAGGGUGCUGGACACCAGCGAGGCUCUGAAGGCCUUUCACGACAUGGGUGGGGUGCAGUUGAUCUGUAACAACAUGGUGACCAGCACGCGGGCCAUCGUGAACACGGCGCGGAGCAUGGUGUCCACCAUCAUGAAGUUCCUGGACUCGGGCCCCGGGAAGGCAGCGGACGGCAGCCUGAAGGCUCGCGUGCUCGCCUCCGAACCCGACAACGCUGAGGGCCUGCACAACUUCGCCCCGCUCGGCACCAUAACCUCCAGCAGCCCCACUGCGCAGCCGGCGGAGGUGCUGCUCCAGGCCACGCCCCCUCACCGCCGCGCCCGCUCCGCUGCCUGGUCCUACAUCUUCCUGCCGGAGGAGGCCUGGUGUGACCUCACCAUCCACCUGCCCGCCGCGGUGCUGCUGAAAGAGCUGCACAUCCAGCCCCACCUGGCCUCGCUCGCCACCUGCCCCUCCUCGGUGUCGGUGGAGAUCAGCGCAGACGGGGUGAACAUGCUGCCCCUCUCCACGCCCGUCAUCACCAGCGGCCUCACCUACAUUAAGAUCCAGCUGGUGAAGGCGGAGGUGGCCUCGGCCGUGUGUCUGCGGCUGCACCGGCCCCGGGACGCCAGCACCCUAGGGCUCUCCCAGAUCAAGCUCCUGGGCCUCACCGCCUUCGGCAACACCUCCUCUGCCACCGUCAACAACCCCUUCCUGCCCUCCGAGGACCAGGUCUCCAAAACCAGUAUCGGCUGGCUGCGGCUUCUGCACCACUGCCUGACGCACGUCAGCGACCUGGAGGCCAUGAUGGCGUCCGCGGCCGCGCCCACCGCCAACCUGCUGCAGACCUGCGCCGCCCUGCUGAUGUCGCCGUACUGCGGCAUGCACUCGCCCAACAUCGAGGCCGUGCUGGUGAAGAUCGGCCUGCAGUCCACCCGCAUCGGCCUGAAGCUCAUCGACAUCCUGCUGAGGAACUGCGCCGCCUCCGGCACCGACCCCGCCAAUUUAAACAGCCCACUGCUCUUUGGAAGGCUAAACGGCCUCUCCUCCGACUCCACCAUCGACAUCCUCUACCAGCUGGGGACAACGCAAGACCCUGGGACCAAAGACAGGAUCCAGGCCCUGCUGCAGUGGGUGCAGGACUCCUCCCGCGUGGCGGCCCUGAAGCGGAGCGGUCACAUGGGCUACGUCAGCCCCAGCAGCUCCCCGCGGGAGUACGGCCUGCUCAUGCCCUCCCCCUCGCACCUGCACUGCGUGGCGGCCAUCUUGUGGCACAGCUACGAGCUGCCCGUGGACUACGACCUGCCCGUGCUGCUCAACAGGGAGCUCUUCGAGCUGCUGUACGGCUGGUCCAUGUCCCUGCCCUGUAACAUGGUGCUGAAGAAGGCGGUGGACAGCCUGCUGUGCUCCAUGUGCCACAUCCACCCCAGCUACUUCUCCCUGCUGAUGGGCUGGAUGGGCAUCAUCGCGCCCCCGGCCGCGCGCUCCCAGGCCCAGCACCGCCUCUCCAUGACGGACGACGGCAAGAAGCAGCAGGACCUGAGCGCGGCGGCGCAGACGGACGACUCCAAGCACGCGCUGGCGCCCAUCGCGCUGUCCGAGUCGCAGCUGGCCACGCUGGCGGCCGCCUCCCAGUCCCCCGAGGCCAUCGAGCAGCUCCUGGACUCGGGCCUGCCCUCGCUGCUGGUGCGCAGCCUGGCCAGCUUCUGCUGCGGCCUGCUCUCCAGCGCCGACCUGCCCUGCCCCGCCCCGGCCGAGGCCGCCCCGGACCGCCCGCGCCGGCCCCACGCGCCCCCCGCCGCCUCCCGCCUGCCCCUGACGGCCGAGCUGGUGGCCCCCGUGCUGCGCUUCCUGACGGACGUGGGGAACAGCCACGCCAUGAAGGACUGGCUGGGCGGGCCGGAGGUCAACCCGCUGUGGACCGCCCUGCUCUUCCUGCUCUGCCACUCCAGCGCCAGCGCGGGCGGCGGCCACGCCCACGCCGCCUCCGCCCCGCCCCCGCAGCCCUCGGGCUCCCGCUAUUCGCUGGCCUCCUCGUCCCGCGGGGGCGGGCUCACCACCCAGCAGAGGACGGCCAUCGAGAACGCCACCGUGGCCUUCUUUCUGCAGUGCAUCUCCUGCCACCCCAACAACCAGCGGCUCAUGGCCCAGGUGCUGUGCGAGCUCUUCCAGUCGGCUCCUCAGCGGGGGAACGUGCCCAUCUCCGGGAACAUCUCCGGCUUCAUCCGCAGGCUCUUCCUGCAGCUCAUGCUGGAGGAUGAGAAGGUUACCGUCUUCUUGCAGUCCCCCUGCCCGUUGUACAAAGGACGCAUCAACGCCACCAGUCAUGUGAUCCAGCACCCCAUGUACGGAGCGGGGCACAAGUUCCGCACCCUGCACCUCCCCAUCUCCACCACCCUCGCCGAGGUCCUGGACCGUGUAUCUGACACCCCGAGCAUCACAGCCAAGCUGAUCAACGAACAGAAGGAGGACAAGGAGAAGAAGAACCAUGAGGAGAAGGAGAAGAUGAAAGCUGACAGCGGCUUUCAGGACAACUACAGCGUGGUGGUAGCCUCAGGCCUGAAGUCCCAGUCGAAGAGGGCGGUCUCCACUCCCCCGCGCCCCCCUUCUAGGCGGGGCCGCGUGAUGAGUGACAAGCUGACCGCCUCGUCGGGGGUGGACUCCUCCUCCAAAACCAUCAGUGUGCCUGUCUUCCACCUCUACCACAAGCUCCUCCCAGGUCAGCCCCUGCCUGCAGAGAUGACCCUGGCCCAGCUCCUGACCCUCCUGUACGACCGCAAACUGCCCCAGGGCUACCGCUCCAUCGACCUGACGGUCAAACUGGGCUCCAAGGUCAUCUCCGACCCCGGCCUCUCCAAAACCGACUCCUUCAAGCGUCUGCGCACAGAGAAAGAGCACGCGGAGAUGCUGAACGCCUGCCCCGAGGACGAGGCCAUGACCCCGGGCGAGGAGUGCCUGGAGACGGCCAUCGACGAGUCCCUGCUGGAGACCAGCCCCAUCCAGUCCCCCCUGCAGGUGUUCGCCGGGAUGGGCGGCCUGGCGCUGAUCGCCGAGAGGCUGCCCAUGCUGUACCCCGACAUCAUCCAGCAGGUGAGCGCCCCCGUGGUGGCCUCCACCACGCAGGAGAAGCCCAAGGACAGCGACCAGUUCGAGUGGGUGACCAUCGAGCAGUCGGGCGAGCUGGUGUACGAGGCGCCCGAGACCAUCGCCGCCGAGCCCCCGCCCAUCAAGUCGUCGGUGCAGACCAUGUCGCCCAUCCCCGCCCACUCCCUGGCCGCCUUCGGCCUCUUCCUGCGGCUGCCCGGCUACGCCGAGGUGCUCCUGAAGGAGCGGAAGCACGCCCAGUGUCUGCUCCGCCUGGUGCUGGGGGUGACCGACGACGGAGAGGGCAGCCACAUCCUGCAGUCGCCGUCGGCGAACGUGCUGCCCACGCUGCCCUUCCACGUGCUGCGCACGCUGUUCAGCACCACGCCCCUCACCACGGACGACGGGCUCCUGCUCCGCCGCAUGGCCCUGGAGAUCGGGGCCAUCCACCUGAUCCUGGCCUGCCUGUCGGCCCUCAGCCACCACGCGCCCCGCAUCCCCAACACCAGCGCCAACCAGUCAGAGCCACAGGUGUCCAGCGGGCACGCGGGGGGCACCAGUGAGGAGCAGCAGCUGUACUGGGCCAAGGGCACGGGGUUCGGCACGGGCUCCACCGCCUCGGGCUGGGACGUGGAGCAGGCCCUCACCAAGCAGCGGCUGGAGGAGGAGCAUGUCACCUGUCUGCUGCAGGUCCUGGCGAGCUACAUCAACCCGGCGGGCUGCACGGGCCCUGGAGAGGCCCCCCCGGGGGAGAGCAGGGGCCACAACAGCAACGCGCUCCCCUCCGUCCUGCAGGAGCUGCUGAGCCAGUCCUGCCUGAUCCCCGCCAUGUCGUCCUACCUGCGCAACGACUCCGUGUUGGACAUGGCGCGGCACGUGCCCCUGUACCGGGCCCUCCUGGAGCUGCUGCGGGCCAUCUCCACCAGCACCGCCCUGGUGCCGCUGCUGCUGCCCCUCUCCGGGGACCCCGGCGAGGAGGAGGAGGAGGAAGAGGAGCGCUCCGAGUGCCAGACCUCCGUGGGCAUGCUGCUGGCCAAGAUGAAGACCUGCGUGGACACCUACACCAAUCGCCUCAGGUCAAAGAAGGACAAGAGCAAAGGGGUGGUGAAGGCGGACUCCUCGGACCCGGAGCCCGAAGGCCUGACCCUGCUGGUGCCGGACAUCCAGAGGACCGCGGAGAUCGUCUACGCCGCCACCACCAGCCUGAGGCAGGCCAACCAAGAGAGGAAGCUGGCCGAGUCUUCCAAGAAAGCCUCCACCAGGCCCAAGCCCCUCUCCAUCCUGCGCUCCCUGGAGGAGAAGUACGUGGCUGCCAUGAAGAAGCUGCAGUUCGACACCUUCGAGAUGGUCUCGGAGGACGAGGACGGCAAGCUGGUGUUCAAGGUCAACUACCACUACAUGUCUCAGGUGAAGAACGCCAACGACGCCAACAGCGCCGCCCGCGCCCGCCGCCUGGCCCAGGAAGCGGUCACGCUCUCCACCUCCCUGCCCCUCUCGUCCUCCUCCAGCGUCUUCGUCCGUUGCGACGAGGAGCGGCUGGACAUCAUGAAGGUUCUAAUCACGGGUCCUGCCGACACGCCAUACGCCAACGGCUGCUUCGAGUUCGACGUGUACUUUCCCCAGGACUACCCCAACUCGCCCCCGCUGGUGAACCUGGAGACCACGGGGGGCCACAGCGUGCGCUUUAACCCAAAUCUUUACAACGACGGCAAAGUGUGUUUAAGUAUACUCAACACCUGGCAUGGCAGACCGGAGGAGAAGUGGAACCCUCAAACCUCUAGCUUUUUACAGGUGCUGGUGUCGGUGCAGUCUCUCAUCCUGGUGGCAGAGCCCUACUUUAACGAGCCCGGGUACGAGCGCUCCCGGGGAACGCCCAGCGGCACGCAGAGCUCCCGCGAGUACGACGGAAACAUCCGGCAAGCCACCGUCAAGUGGGCCAUGCUGGAGCAGAUCCGCAACCCGUCCCCCUGCUUCAAAGAGGUGAUCCACAAGCACUUCUACCUGAAGCGGGCGGAGAUCAUCGCGCAGUGCGAGGAGUGGAUCGCGGACAUCCAGCAGUACAGCAGCGACAAGAGGGUGGGCCGCACCAUGUCCCACCACGCCGCCGCACUCAAGAGGCACACAGCCCAGCUGAGGGAGGAGCUCCUCAAGCUGCCCUGCCCCGAGGGCCUGGAGCCCGACGGGGAGGAGUUCUCAGAGAAGAGCGCCGCCCUCCUGGCCAAGGAGCCGCCCAAUCAGGACGCAGAGAAGCCGAGUGGCAGCCAGGACGCCCACUGCGGCGACGGCCAGCUAUGAGCUCCUCCCACAUCCUCCCCAGGGCCACUCCUCCUCGCCACUCUUACUAUUGAUAAUAAAUAGACUUGACGGCUUUGAAGCACAAGCCAACAUUUUGUCAAUAUUUGUAUGUAAGAAUCUAAUUAAGUAAUAUCUAAAAUGAGAAGGAAAAAAAAAAAGAAACAAAACAAAAACAAAACCUGAUGAAACGAAAAAAAAAUCCCACAAAACUAUGCUAUGCCCAUAAUAAGACAGUCCAACAAACAAAAUUAUCUUUUAUUUACCUGUAAAAGAGUGUAAACUUUUUUUGUGCUUUUAUUUUUCAAUUGUGAAAUAACCACUGAUUGGUAUGUUAUUAAACUUGUUUAUGUAUACAUAAUGGCAGAGGAAAUCACGAAUAUAUAAGGGACUACCUUUAGAAAAGAAUGUUUACUGAAUGUUAAUUUACAUUUUUGACUGUUAGUGCAAGGACAGUUGUAACCAAGAAUAUAUUGGUCAUUCUUUAAGGAUACUAUUUAAAAGAAAAAGUUUAAAACACAUACACUUUCUUCAAUUUAAGAAAUCUUCUGGUUGCCCAUUUACAUUGCUUAUUUGAUUUCUACAGACUUCUGUAUACUUCAAUAAAGGCUUGAAUGGACAUUCUUUAUUGCUAUGGUUACUUGUUACCUUUUUACUGGGCGAAUUGCCUGUUCAGUAAAAUGCGUACUCCUGAUAUUAUUUCUUUGCCUCACUAAUUCUAAAUGCAAGUUUAAUAAAUGCAACCUGUUUUACUUUG